UUGCGAAACGUAAGUUUGUAAACAAUACGUCCUAGAAAAAAAUAAUAAAUUAUUUUAUUUUAGUCACUUCCUACUCUUGGCUUUCAUUUAUUUCGUGUGUAAAACCUAAAUGAACAAAUAUACAACAUGAACAUUGACUUCGAAACGAUGGCUGUAUUGGAAGAAGAGUCACAAAAUGAGUUGAGUGGUGCUUACGGCUCAACGGGUGCGUCGGGGCCAGAAGGGGGUGAGAGACGCGAGGGGGGUAAGCGCGGCCGAAGACCCGGGAGAAAGGCACAGGACAAGCAGGACAUGAAGGCCAAACUUGAACGUAGUCGUCAGUCGGCCCGUGAGUGUCGCGCUCGCAAGAAGCUGAGAUACCAAUAUCUGGAGGAACUGGUUGCCGAUAGGGAGAGAUCCGUUCUAGCGCUCCGAAAGGAACUUGAAAAGUUCUACACAUGGAAUCACGAGUUAGAUCAAGGCCGAAUGCCAGAAGGCAUAGAAGCGGUCCUUCAAGAGAUUGGGGUACUUAAGCAAGAAGAAAAACCUAGUUUUUAAGUAAAAAAAAAAUACAGUGGAAUUUCGAUAACUCGAAUUUCGUUCGAAACGCAAAAAAAUCACAUAGACAUAUAUGAUUUAGCUGCUGAUAUUAUUAGACUGGAAUUUGACUAACAAUUCAAUUUCGGUUUUGUAUUGUAUAUUUUUUUAUGAAUGAAUUCAUUAAUUGGACGUGUAUAAAACAAAACCAUUAUAUUAGAAGCCCCGAACAUUUUGGAUUUAAUUGCUAUUAUUUCUGGGAAUUUCAAUUUAGACGUCAUUAUAUUUUACUAUGACUUACGGAAUCUCCUUUUUGACAUUCUGUAAAUAUAUAGUAUCAAUACUUCGCAGGAAAAUAACAUUUCGUUCGAGUUACAGUCUAAAUAGGUCAAGAUAUCUCGUAUUCGGGUUCAGCGACAGGGAAUGGUAAUUUUCCGACUUAACGAGGUUCGAGUUAUCGAGAUUUCAGUGUAUGUUUAUUUUUAGAUUUUUCUAACGAUUUUUAGCUUUAAAUGUUUAUAGAUUUUUAUAAUGACAAAAUUGUUUUAUAAUUUAACUCUGAACUUGUAUAUUAAAUGUGAAUAAAAGGGAGUUUCACCGAAUGUAAUUUUAAAGUAGAAAAUUGAGUACAACUCGAUGUUAAAUUAAUAAAUUCGUUAAGAUUAAUAUGUAUUUUCUAAGAGAAAGUGUACCUUUGUGUAUUUUUAGAUUUAGGUAAAAAAGUGAAGCGACGAAUGGAAUAUCGAAAUGAAUAAAAAAACUUUAUUUACAAAAAAAAAAAUUGCCAUCUUCAGAAUUAUUUUGUAAAAUAUUUUCAUUCGUCGUUCGCUUCGUAUAUUUUUGUAAAUGUAAAUAAUAUAUCACAUACUCGUCAACUGAGUGAUAUAGGAAGGUUAAAAACUAACUUAAUGCUUUUGGAGUAUAAAAAACUUAUAAAGAUUACAAUAUUCUUUUAUCUAUGAACGAUUACAAUAUUCUAUUAUCUAUGAACGAUUACAAUAUUCUAUUAUCUAUGAACGAUUUUAGUUCCGGCUUUUUAGUUAGCAGUUUAAUCACGAAACCUUGUUAAUUAAGGCUUAUUAAGGAUAAAUAGGUGUUUAGACUCCUAUUACAAAGAGCCAACGUGCACUAUUGCGUGACGGUUUUUUUGGAUUUAAUUUUGGAUUUUUUUUUAAAUCUGGUAUGAAUUUGACUAUUUUUUAGACAACAAAAGCAUUAUUCGGUUAUCUAUGAUAAAGUCUAGAUUAACGUAAUAUCGUAAUUGAACUUAGUUCAUUAGUGUUUGUUAUAAAUAUUUUAACAGGCUCCUGCGUUGGCGCAUCAGUCAUCGGGGUUUGGGGCCAAAUGAUCUAUGCAUGAAAUGAAAUCGUUUAUUUGCUAAGAAAAGGGGGAAAUAUCCGAUUAGUAAAAAAAAAAUUUACAAAAAAAGAAAAAUGGUAAUGGUUUUCAUGCUGCUGUCAAUGCCGCAAUGACAACUCCAAUUUGGAAUCUCUUUAUGAAACCGUUAAAACACCAGAAUCACCUCGAAAUAAUGGUAUAUUUAUUUGGAAACAAAACAUACAUCUAUACAAUAAAAAAAAGUAAAAAAAAAACAAAACACAUUGGAUGUAUCCAUAAAAGGUUUCACUAAUGAAAAUAUGACACAGAGCAAAAAAACAAAACAAAACAUGACACACAAAAUUUAUAAAUCCGGACAACGUCAAAUAUAGAUAAAAGUUAGGUUCAAUGUACAUGGUAAUUUAGCUUUAGUUUGUGUGAAUUUACAUUUAUUUUACUAACUCGGUAUGUUAGCUUGAAACGACAUUUUUUUUUAUUAUUAACUUUGUCUUGUAAUCAGUAUGGGAUUAAAAUUCGUCUAUCUUCAAUAAGAAACACGGAUUUUCAUCCUAUAUUCCUUUAAGUACUUCCUACGUUCAAUUAUUAGUUUUAAGUUUUAUUAUUGACUUAAAUUUUAGUUUUAUUUUAUUAUUUUAAAAUAGUAUUUGAUUUUCAUAAACGACAACGCUUUUUGAUAUAUUUAGAGAGAAAAUUAAAUCGUCUUUUGUUACGCCAGUACUAAUAGUAUUUGCUUUUUGAAAUCGGUUUUGGGAUAAAAUAUAAAAUGACCCUGUUAUAAUAUAAACAUUACAUAGGAUGACGAAGAAGAAAUUACCGCAUUUAAUGCGUAUAUUAUAUAUUUACUACAAAAAGUACAUAUAAAACUGACAUGAGACUGUCGUUAAAUGUUUUAUGAUUCUAAAUAAGAAUUUAUUAUUAUUUUUAUUAUUUUUUUAAACAUUUGAUAGUUUAUUCGUUAUUUGGUACCGUUAUUUUUUUUUGUAAAUUUUCUUUUUUUCAUUAACUUUUGUAUUUUAUAUUAAGCUUUGCGUAACCAAGUGUUUUUUGGCAUGUAUUUCUACUGAAAAUUCUCUAUAUUAUUAUAAAUUAUUGUAAUUUUUUGGUAAACGUCCUAAUUUUUUUUUGUCGACAACCCGCCUUGUCGUGUACAAAUUAUAUGUAUAUAUAAAUUUAUUAUUUUAAGUUUAUAGCUGCUAGUAAAACAUUUAGAUUUAUUUUUAAUUCAUUUAUUAAUAUAUUUAAUGGAUAUAAUACGUUUAGAAAGGACGAAACGAAUGAAUGACUCGCAAAAUAAAUAUUUCAUAAUCAAUUAUAAAUGCUACAUAAUAUCAUUAGCGUUUAUCCACUAUAAUAUUUUACUUUUAUUUAGACAUUUUAAUAAAUUUAAUAUCAAGAUUAUGCAUACCAUACUUUAUUUUUAACUUUAGGCGGACAAAGAAUGAAAGAGUAAGUAAAAUCUACUAAGAAAAUCUAGGUUUUACUGCUUACUAGAAUUUUCUUCGAUUUAACGUUCCGUUGAAUGUUUAUUAAUCGUUUAGACCACAUCAAUAAAUUCUACUAAAACUAUAAAAGGUGACCAGGGCCGGUACCAUGAGAUUUUCAAUAUAGCUCUUAGUAUUAGUUUCAGAGAUAAGACUGAGUAUGACGCUAAGUAUGACUCACAUACGUCAAACGUAUUGUAUUAGUCGUAGCUCUGAUUUCUAGGAACGCGUGAAACGAAAAGUUAUAGUACCGGCACUGGGCCAAAAGAAUGAAUGUUUUAAAACGUCUUAUUUUUACAUUACUACUACAACCUAGACAAUCCACCUCAAAUAGUUAGUAAUAAAUAUCUAUAGGUUUGAUUAUCUAAGUAUUUUUCGUGCACAUAAGCAAAAUGUUUAACUUCUUAGUUUUUAAAGUCGGUUCAAACUUUUAUUACUGUGCUUUAGUUAUUGUUUCAUUACUAUAAAUAAAUUCGAAACAUUGUUUAACUUAUUGACUCAAAAGGUCGGCAACGCACUGGCGAGCCCUCUGUCAUGGACACUCCAUGGGCGGCGGUAUCACUUAACAUCAGGUGGGCCUCCUGCUCGUUUGCCCCCUGUUAUAUAAAAAAAAUGUUUAUAGUAUGUUUUAGAAUAGGAUCGUUAGAAGUAACGCUAAUUAUUUCUAUAUGUUAACCAUAUAUUUUGAAAUAUAUUUUAUACUUAGUUCUAGUUAAUUGUAUGCGUAUCUACAUUUUGUUAACACUGUUCUUAAACGAAUUUAUUUGCUUUUUGCUUCAAUUUCUUUAUUUUUUUUCACAACACUUAUGCCUAGGUAAGUUAAUUAAUAUUUUGUGUCUUGGAGUGAAAAUAAAUCAUAGUUCAGACUUAUUUUUUAUUGAUAAACGAUAGAAUUUUAUAUUUGAGGUUUUAUUUGAUUUUUAUCAAACUAAGCUUUGUUGUACAAAUUCUAAGUUUGCUUGAAUAUAGAUUAUAUUAACAUGCUUAAACAGCCACGGACUUAGUUUCAUAAAGGAAUCAUAAAUCCUUCAGCACAGAAAGUACUGCAAAAUUUACGUUCGCUUUUGAAUACUAUUCCUAAAAUAAAAAAUGUAUGAAAGCUGUGGUACUAAAUCGAAUAGCGAGCGAGCUAUUUUAUUAUAGUUUAUGUAUAUGUUUCUCUGUAGGGUACCUGACGAAACUUAAAGUGUGCUGAGGGUACUUGGAAAACUCACUUGCCGGCAACUGCAAUUAAUAAUUCACAAAAUUUUGCGUAUUUAGCAUAAUAUAAUAUAAAAUGUGUGUAUUUUUAACUUAGAUAUACGAAAUAGCAUAUGAGAGAGCUGAUUUCUCAACUAUGUACUGGUGAACUAAUUAUGUAAAUGUAAUACUGAUUAAUUUUCAAAUAAACAAGUACAAAUCGAUUGCUGAGAAAUUAGUUUUUUAAGUACUUUAUUGAUAUUAGACUUGCAUUUUGACAGACGGGAGUCAUAGUUUAAUCUAAGUCUCGUUUUUAAAUCUGACCCGUAUUAAGGUGUGUGCGUUAUAUAAAAGCAUUAUAUACCUAUAGUACAUAUAGAUAGCAGUUCACAUCCAUGUAAAAAAUAUAAUAUUGGUUUUAAAAUGUUCCCUGUAUUUUUAUCAACAGUUUAAAGGUUGUAAUAAAUUAAUUAAUUUCAA